GUCGUCAGUGUAGGAUUGUUGGGGGCGAGCGGGAGGGCCCCGGGUGCGGGUGCGCCUGGGAGGAGGAGGAGGAGGAUGACCUCGCUUCCUGGGAGGCUGCGCGUCGGCGUCGUGGCGGAGGCGGCGGUGCUUGGUUGGGCCUGGAGGAGGCCGCUGCCUCGGGGGUGCGGCGCAGGUGAAGACGGAGAGCGCGCGGCGGGAGCGCAGGGGCCUCGCCGCGACUGUGAGUUGCACGGACACCAUCGCCAUGGCCGCCAUGACUCGCUGCUGGUGGUGGUGGAGGAUAGGUACAAGCAGCUGCUGCUGUGGGGGAGGACUCGAGGAAGAGGAGGAAAAUAUCCACCAAAACAAAAGGAAAUGUGCUGCUGGUAUUGGGCCUGCCGGCGGCAGGCAGCUCAGCUCAGCUCCGAUCGGCGGCGGCGGCCAUCUCCGGUAAUAAUGUCGUCGUCCUCGUCCAAGCUGCAUCUCCCGGCUGACGACAGCGUCCUCCUCCUCCUCACGCACUCCAACCUCUCCACCUUCUCCUCCGACAUCCGCGUCUCCAAGCAGACCUCCGUCGAGGCGCUCAAGGACAAGCUCUGGAGGAAGACCGGCACAUCCGUUGCCUUCAUGCGCCUCCAGCUCCGCGACGACACCGGCGCCAUGAUCGCCGACCUCGACCACGAUGACGCCACCCUCGCCUCCUACUCCCCAUACGACGGGUACCGUCUGCACAUUAUCGAUCUCGAUCCUUCGUCAAUCACCUCUGGUGGUUGGUUGGAGGAUACUUCCCUUGUUGAAAAGUACACCAUCUCAGAUGAAGCAUAUAAUAAUCUUGAUACAAACUUUCGAAAAUUCAAAGAAAAGAUGGCCUUUAAAAACCCUACGUCAGAUGAUAAACAACAACAAUCUGACAAGCAUAUGGAGGAAUUGUGCGCCAACAUCAAGGUGGGUGAUAGAUGUGAAGUCGAGCCAGGUGCUAAGAGGGGUACUGUAAAAUUUGUUGGCAGAGCUGAAGCUCUUGGACGUGGAUUUUGGGUUGGAGUCCAAUAUGAUGAACCACUUGGAAAGCAUGAUGGCAUGGUGAAAGGCAUUCGCUUUUUCGAGUGUCCUCAAGGGCAUGGAGCUAUUGUUAGGCCAGAGAAAGUAAAGGUCGGGGACUACCCAGAGAGGGACCCUUUUGAAGAGGAGGAGAUCUAGGCGGUGCGCCAUUUACGUUGGACAUGGUCCUCUAGGGAUACCCAUAUUCAGAAUUGCUCCCGUUAAAAUCUUUCGCCCUUUUUUUGGUCUAUUGGUUUGAGAAUUAAGAUCAUUGAACAUGAAGAAUAUAUGUGCGUGUGCUUGUUCCUGAUCCCAUUCUGGGAUGACCAUGGUGAAAUUGGGGAUACUGUUGUACUUUUAAGUACUGAGCCAUCUGGACGCUUGAGUUGGAAGUUUGGUUGAAAUUGGAACGAUGUGACAGAAAAGUUGGAAGUU